AUGCUGGAAGCAAAAGGUUUUUUUUUUUUUUUUGAAGUAUGUACUGGUGUCAUGGUUUUUACUAGCACCAUAAUUAACAAAGCAUUGCUGAAUUCAUAUAUUCACAGAGCCCUACAUUACAGCGAAAAGGAUUGGGCUCAGAAAAGCGUCAACACCAUGGCCUCUCUCAGCCCUGAUCUGCCUUCCACCAUCGACAGCGCCAUCUCUGGGCGGUACUGGGGCCGUAACAACCAGACGUACUUUUUCAAGGGGUGUAACUACUGGAUUCUAGACAAUGGAGUGGCUUCUGGACCCUCGAACGUUGACGGACCCAAUUCAAUAGAUUUCGAUUUCCCGGGACUUCCGUGUAACAUCGACGCAGCCUUGAACCUCAACGACACGGUCUAUUUCUUCCAGAACAACAACA